AUGUCCGCCUUUAAACCGCCCAGCAGAUCUUUAGCUCCUCUCUACCGCCAGUUUCUUCGCGCUUGCGGAAAGACAUUCAAAGGGGACUUCGAAGCCCAACGAACAAUUUACAGAGAAAUGCGAAAUGUAAUUCGCUAUAACACUCUCAAGUUGUCGGAAGAAGAACUAAAAAAGGAACUCAAUAUGGCCAUUGACUUCGUCCGUUAUCACAUUGUGCAGGCGGAGUUAAAUGAGAAGACCGGCAGUUACAAAGCCGUAGUGACUGACGACCACAUUAAAAAGGGAGAUGUAAUUAAUUUAAAUGAAGUCGACCCCAAACAACUCCAAAAACUGCCCUGGCUUAAACCACCAAAAGAAGCAACUUUCUAA